AUGUUUGCAUCUUUCAAUGUUUGUAUACUUCGAGAAAGUGCCAAAAUUCGUCUGAUUUUGAUUGACAUUUACAAAGACAGUAAUGAUAGAAAAUUCUUCCAAGAUGGUACAGAAAAAAACUUGAAUAUAUUUAAAUGUUCACAUCUCAAGAAAUAUAUAUGUGAUGAUAUUGAAGUUGAUUCUAAUGAAGUGAAACUUUUAAGAGUUAAUGUCAAUAGAGAAAAGAUUAAAGAAGAUUUUAACGAGAAUAAAAUUAAAAGUGAACUUCAAGGGAUAUUAAUGGAAGAUCAUAAACUGUUUAAAAAAGCCUUUCAGAAUAAAAGUUCUCAUCUAAAUGAUUAUCAAGGAAUCAGUAUUUCAGGUAGUUCUGAUACUGGAAAAAUGCGACAUAGAUUUGAGAUAAUUAAUAUAAUCAAAGACCUUAAACAAAUUAAGAAUAGUGGUCGUUAUCCUCAUAAUCCAUCAUAUGUAAACAGUGUAGGUCACUACCUAGCAUUGGCAAUUGAUCUUAUUAUUUCACAAAAAAACUACUAUCAAGAAUUUCUACAAUAUUUCAAAGAAUUAGCAAAAAGUUCUACUUUUAAUUUAAUAACAGUCUUACAAGCGAUUCAACAAUCCUGUUCUAUAGAAUCUUGGCAGAACCUUUUAAUUAUCUUACAACUAGAUGAAAUACCAGCCGUGACUGAUUAUAAUGUUUAUGAUAUAUAUAUGUCACCUAUAGAUAUAGAAAAAUCUCUUAACUUUAUGGAUUCUGUAAUAAAUCAUAAAAUGAAAACUUCCAAUAAAUUCACUAAUCCAAUUUCACGUAAUAAUCCAUUAUAUUGUACCUUGGUUGAUUGUGUUAGAGGGAGAAAAGAUCCACAAGAUGUUAUAGAUGAAAAACUAUCUGUUAUCGCAGAUGCUAAUAAUGAUAAGGUAGAAAAUGUAGAUGUUAUAAUAGGCCGUUUCAUCAUAUUAGUUCAUAGACGUAGUAACUUAUCUGACUCAUUAACAUCACAUAUGAAAGAGCAGUAUAAAUUCAGUUCUGCUAUCGAAUCAGGUUUUCCUCUUUCUGAAACGACUGGCAUUGUGUUUAAAAAUCAAUUUCUGGAGUUUAUGGGAAUAUACAGAGAUUUUACAAGAUUUAUUGCUGAAGGAGUAUCAGAAAAGACAAUGGAUGAGGGGGAGGAAGAAUCAGAAAUGUUAAUUGAUGAUUAA